CGCAAUAGUACUACUGCGGCCGUCGGCACACUCCAGGGCGCUGGUCGCUCUUCCGGGAUGCCAAGUCGCAUCGCUAUGGUCUUCGUAUUAAUUACUCUGCUCUUCUUUCCCCUUCCCCCUCCCACUUCCCCUUUAGCUUGCAACUUAGGAUGCCUUCUGAAUCUGAUUUCUCUGAAGCUGACAUAGCCGCGCUCUUGCAGCAAUUUGUCACCUACCCUGAACAAGUGUGGUAUGCUAUCGCUGCGUUUCUCUUCAUAGUCGGCUGCUUCCAGUGGGGGUCAUUCGUUCACUCCAAAUUCGCCAGACGCAGGCACUACGAGUCUGACGAAGAAACGGCUACCGCCAAUGACAUUCAAUACAAAUUCUCUCUCCGUCGUAUCCCACUCGCGAUCAUAAAUUUCUAUCGCGUUGUUACCUUCCGGUGGACUCUAGAAAUAGGACAAUCCUAUACCCUCAACAUGGCAGAGGUUUUUGUGACUGUGGCAUACAUCGCCCUUUUGCUGAUCUAUGCCUUCAUUAAUACAACCACAGUCGAGGGUCAGAAACUCGAUGUCAUCUUCUGGAGCAACCGCAUAGCAAUGCUGGCGUCCAGUCAGUUUCCAAUUGUCACGGCUCUUGGCACAAAGAACAAUCUCGUGUCUUUUGUCACAGGCAUCAGCUACGAUAGGCUCAAUUAUAUUCAUCGAAUGAUGGCUAGGACAUGCUUCAUGCUACUUUGUGUACAUACAGUGGGCGAAAUAAUAUCAUCUUCCUACUACCCUUUCAAGUUGAUCAAGGCAUCAAAGGGCACCGGUAUUAUUGCCCUGGCUGCUUUCUUUCUUCUGAUCAUAGUAUCACUGCGUCCUGUUCGCACUAGAGCCUAUGAGAUCUUCUUCUACGUUCACUUCCUUAGUGUCUUUAUAUUUCUGGUGGCAGCAUAUUUCCACACCAAAAGUGCUUAUGGGUCAUACUGGAUAUGGCCCUCGUUUGUGUUCUGGGCUCUCGAUCGUGUCAUCCGGGUGGUCCGACUUGUUGUAUUCAAUCACUCUUAUUUUGGCUUCAAGUCAGGAACUGGGACAAUGGACGCAGCGACAGAAUUGCUUUCCGAAGAUCUUGUUCGAUUGCGCUUACAUCGACCCCCGCAUUUCCACUGGUUCCCAGGACAAACAGCAUAUCUAAUCAUGCCCUCAGUUUCGACACUGCCAUUCGAAGCGCACCCUUUUACUAUUGCGAGUUUCGAUUCUAGUCUUCUGUCGACCGCAAAACCAGAGGGUCAAUCGGGAAGCGGUGAAAAUCACGGAACCCAGGUUCUGGGAUCAAGUGCUCCGUUCUGGAAGGAGCUAGUGUUUUUGGUCAACGUGCACGGAGGGUUCACAAAAAAGCUGAAGGAAGUAGCUGCCAAGAAAGAAACUGUCAAGGUUUUUGUAGAUGGUCCUUACGGCCCAUCUCCUGACCUCGGUUCUUACGACACCUGUGUAUUGGUGGCAGGCGGGUCUGGUGUCUCAUAUACCCUCCCGGUCUUCCUCAACAUUAUCGAACGCGUGCGCAAGGGGAAAAGCUCCUGCAAACGGGUGGUGUUCAUUUGGUCCAUACGCGGGGCUGAGUGUGUUGAAUGGAUUGAAGAAACACUCAUCAAGGCUGUUCAGCUUGCUCCGCUUUCUUUGACAGUAUCCAUCCGUAUCUUUAACAGUGGCUCUCCAUCAACAUCACAGUCGAUGGAAGUGAAUUCCAGCAUUUCAAAUAUAACAGAGAAGAACGGCAUUCCCGAACCAGUUGUGACAAGGAGGGGUUCUUUAACGUCGUCAAUGCUAUUUUCGUUACGCGGGGUCAAGAUGGAAAGUGGACGAGCGGAUCUGGAUGCACUACUCAAAGGAGAGGUCAGCAUGACCUCGGGGCGUAUGUCGGUGAGCGUUUGCGGAUCGCAGGGUAUAGCACGCACGGUCCGACAUGCACUUCGCUUCCCUGUCUCUGGACCUUCCAGUAUUCUCAAUGGAGGGCCGAGUGUAACCCUAUAUGUCGAAUCAUUCGGAUACGCCUGAUAGUCCCCUCCUAAUCCACUUUGUUAACUUUUAUGGACGAUCUAUUCUAUUUUCCUUGUCAUCAGAGUUGAGUCUUGCAGUUUGUUACUGUAGCUGUUUAACAAGGACUUUUGGUACUGUAUCGUUUAUUAAUAUUUGAUCAUCAACUGCGAAAAAAAGUUGAAUGGCUCGCGCCUGAUAUAGAAUACUCAACACACUGCUGGGAAGCGCGUCGACGACAUACUCGCUGAAGAAGGC